AUGGAGAUGAAUUCUCUGGGUGGCAGCAAAUAUCUACUGCUGGUCGUUGACGAAGCCAGUGGAUGCAUGAAGGGCUUCUGUCUACGUGUGAAGUCGGAGGGUGAAAACUACAUCACACGAUACAUCAAGAUGGAGCAAGCGCAGUUUGGCAAGAAGCUCAAGCUCGUCCGACACGACGGAGCCCGCGAGUUCGCAACCAACUCGCUUCAAGAAUUUUACGAAGAUGAAGGCAUUGAGCAGCAGACGACGGUGCCAUAUGCACACCAGACCAACGGCCGGGCAGAGAGCGCCAUUCGGACUAUCGUCACAAUUGGUCGCAGCAUGCUCCACCAUGCUAAGUUGGAAAAGUUCUUCUGGGCCGAAGCAGCAAUGACGGCAAUCUACGUCAAGAACUGUCUGCCGUCGCCUAAAGUUAUGCACAAGACUCCGUUCGAGAUCGUCCACAACUCCAAGCCAAGUGUCAAGCACAUGAGGGUGUUCGGUUGUCAGGUUUACAUACUGACACCGAAGGAGAAGCGGCUCAAGUGGGACCCCAAGGCUCGCACUGGAAUAUUCUUGGGAUACGAAGAAGCAUCGAAAGCGUACCGCGUUUAUGACAUCGAGGCGGGGCAGGUGGUCAUCAGUCGCGAUGUCAACUUUGACGAUACCGCCUUUGGACUUUCGUCGCCAACCACCACUGAAGACGCCGAUGACAUUGUCUUUGUCUCCCUCGAUCUGGAUGAUGAAGCGCCAGGUCAAGCGCAGUACAAGCAAACAGGCAAGUGCAAGAGUCGUCCCCAUGAUGAAGGAGUACCAGCUCCACCCACGCGCACAGUGCGUCAACGGCCUGGACUAGAAGAAUCAAGUGUGCCAGAUAAUCACACGACCUACCAAGAAGAAGAUGAAGAAGCAAAGAAUGCUGAUGCAUCGACUCCGCCUGUGUUUGGCGUGCGAGUGCGAACGCCAUCGAAACGGCAGUAG